AGCAAGAGCAAUCAAACGCAUCGAACUGAUUUUGGAUUUGGACUUGUUUGUUUCGAUUCAUUCCACUUUUUUUUUUUUUUUUCUGAUACACACAAUGAAGGCCUUCACCGCCGUCGCCCUGCUCGCGCUCGUCGCCUGCGCCACCGCCAUGCCGUUCGCUGAAUGGAAGGCACUGCACAACCGCCAGUACGCGUCUGCCCAAGAGGAGGCUCUCCGUCAGGAGAUUUACCUGUCCAACCUUGAGCUCAUCAACGAGCACAACGCUGCCGGCCGCCACUCGUACACCCUCGGCAUGAACGAGUUUGGCGACCUCGCUCACCACGAGUUUGCUGCCAAGUACCUCGGCGUCCGCUUCAACGGUGUCAACGCCACCAAGUCCUUCGCCUCGUCCACCUACCUGCCCCGCAUGGUCUCGCUCCCCGACUCGGUCGACUGGCGCACCGCUGGCAUUGUCACCCCCGUCAAGAACCAGGGCCAGUGCGGCUCGUGCUGGUCGUUCUCCACCACCGGCUCGGUCGAGGGCCAGCACGCCCGCAAGACUGGCACCCUCGUCUCCCUCUCUGAGCAAAACCUUGUCGACUGCUCCUCCCAGGAGGGCAACGAGGGCUGCAACGGCGGUCUGAUGGACGACGCCUUCGAGUACAUUAUCAAGAACGGCGGCAUUGACACUGAGGCCUCGUACCCUUACACUGCCACCACUGGCACCUGCAAGUUCAACGCUGCCAACAUCGGCGCCACCGUCGCCUCGUACCAGGACAUUAUCACUGGCUCCGAGUCUGACCUCCAGAACGCUGUUGCCACCGUCGGCCCCGUCUCUGUUGCCAUCGAUGCCUCCCACAUUAACUUCCAGUUCUACUUCACCGGCGUCUACAACGAGAAGAAGUGCUCGACCACCCAGCUCGACCACGGUGUCCUCGCCGUCGGCUAUGGCACCUCCACCGAGGGCAAGGACUACUGGCUCGUCAAGAACUCGUGGGGCGCAACCUGGGGCAAGGCUGGCUACAUCUGGAUGUCCCGCAACGCUGACAACCAGUGCGGCAUUGCCACCUCCGCCUCCUACCCCCUUGUUUAAAGUCCUAUGCUAUUCAGAGCAGAGGUUGAAUUUCGAGUUGGCCCUUGCUUUGUGAUGGUUUGUUCUGUUGCAUCCAACCCGUAUUUGCUCGCUCAAUACACUUUGUAUCUACUCA